AUGGGCGAUCACCACUACCCGUCGACCGGCGGCGUCAUGGCCACGACGACGCCCACGCACGACGAGAUCAUGAGGCACUACGACCACAACUGCGUCGAGGUGCGGAUGUCGGGCAUCCACGGCUACGGCGUGUUCGCUCAGACAGACCUCCCGAAGGGCAGCUACGUCAUCGAGUACAUCGGUAGAAAGAUGGAGCGGGCGACGAUCUUCCAGGUGCUGAGCAAGGAGCAGGGCCGCUACGUGUUCAACCUCGACGAAAAGUGGAGCAUCGACGGCUCCGUGCCCGAGAACCGGGCUGGUCGCAUCAACCACUCGUGCGAAGGCAACUGCCACAUCAAGAAGGUCGACGGCCACAUCUGGGUGGGACAUGGAGAAGAACUGGCGCUGCAACUGCGGCGCCCCCAACUGCAUCGGCUUCAUCCUCCGCAAGAAGGACUGGCCGGAGCUCAAGAGGAAGCUGGCCGAGCGCGAGGAGAUGAGGCGUCGCCGCCUCCAGAGCCUCAUGGACCUCAACAAUAA